AGUGCUUGCUCUCUGCGGCGGCCGACGGCAGCUACUCCCUGCCGCACGUGCCCGCUCUCGGUGGCCAUACGCAGAUACGCUCGACCCCAACAACGGGUUUCGAUCCAGACGGCCGUGAUGCUCGAUUCGGCGCGGGGCUCGUUACACGCGACCCCGGCGCUCGAUUCCAGUGGCAGCAACCACUCCCGGCGCCCACGACGUUUGAUUUCAGUGGCGGCGCCCACUGCCGGUGGCGAGCCCGCUCAAGACGGCAGCGCGCAGCAGCCACUCCCGGCGGUGGCAAUGUAGGGUCCGCUUGGAUCCCUCUCCGCCCCUAGCCUCGCCUCGCCAGCUCGCCUUACCUCACCUCGCCCGUUUGCCUAGGUGGGCAAGGGGGUUUUGGUUCCUUGCCGCCGCUCGCCUUGCCGGCACCUGAAUCGACGGUGGAGCAGAUCGAUCCGGCGGCGAAGCGACUGAUUUGACGGUGAAGGAGCGCGAUUCGGCUACGGCGUAGUCCGAUUCACCUGCGGCAGGGGCCCGAUUUGGCGGCAGCACGGCCCAAUUCGACGACGGCGGACUCGAUUUGACAGCGGCAGACCUCGAGUUGGUGGCGGUGAGUUCGUAUCUGUGCUCGUCCAGCGUUCAUCACGCGAGCAAGCUAUCCUUGCCGACCCAGGAGAGCGAAAUCGGCUCGAUGGGGACGGGCACGAACUUGACGAAGCCGUCGGAGCUGAGGCAUUCAUUGGGGAGGUGAGGCUGAGGUCGCGGCCGAGAAGGUGGAUGUGCUCGAGGUGGAGCCAGCAGUGCGAGUGCACGAAGCGGAGCCGGCGAUGUGGAUGGAGGAGGUGGAGGAGCUUGCGGAGGCGAACAAUGGUGGAGCUAGAACGGUCUACGGGAGCGGAAGGCAGGGGUAGAGUAGUCUUUUUAGGUUGCUUUACCUUAAAAUCAAAUAUAAUAAUAGUCCAGCAGCAUAUUACCAUUGAAUUGUAGUGUCUAUAGGCAAGUUUUUUUAGUGGUCUGUAGUAAAAGCCACCUUUAAAACGGUGUUCUGCAGCUAAUUUUAGCUUUUAACAACUAGAGUCUUGAAUUAACUUUUUAUUUGCGUGUUCAUUCUUGCUCGUGUGGUGUACUAAAAAUCUUUUACCACCCGGGCACCCGGGCAUAAGCUAGUAAAUAAUAAAUCCCCUGUGGAGGGGACUCUACCCGACCCGAGCAUUUCGUUCCCGAAUCGCACUGGGCAGAGAGCCAGAGACCGAACUCGGCCGAUCCCCCACCAGGUCACCGCAUCCUCGCCGACGCCGGAGAAGCCGAAGCUCCCAGCCCGCCCGCGUCAGUGUCCCCGCGCCGACGCGAUGGGGAGCGCGGACCUGGUGCUUAAGCCGGCGUGCGAGGGCUGCGGCAACACGUCGGACCUUUACGGCACGGGAUGCAAGCACACCACGCUCUGCAGCGACUGCGGGAAGUCCAUGGCGCGCUCCCGCGCCCGCUGCCUCGUCUGCUCCUCGCCCAUCACCAGGCUCAUCCGGGAAUAUAAUGUCCGAGCUAAUGCUAUUACGGAUAAGACAUACUCUAUUGGAAGAUUUGUCACUGGUUUGCCUCCUUUCUCGAAGAAGAAGAGUGCUGAGAACAAGUGGUCUCUUCAUAAGGAGGGUCUACAAGGGCGUCAGAUACCUGACAAUAUGCGGGAAAAAUACAACAGGAAACCAUGGAUUUUGGAAGAUGAAACAGGCCAAUAUCAGUAUCAAGGUCAAAUGGAAGGAUCACAGUCAGCUACAGCUACAUAUUAUUUGUUAAUGAGGCAUGGCAAGGAAUUUAAUGCCUAUCCUGCUGGUUCUUGGUAUAACUUCAGUAAAAUUGCACAGUACAAACAACUGACACUGGAGGAGGCUGAAGAAAAGAUGAAUAAGAGGAAGACCAGUGCAACUGGUUAUGAACGUUGGAUGAUGAAAGCAGCUGCAAAUGGGCCAGCUGCCUUUGGUUCAGACAUGAAGAAACUUGAGGCCACCCCUGGUGGGGAAAAAGAAAGUGCUCGUCCUAAGAAAGGAAAAAGUAAUGAGGAGGGUAAUAAUUCUGAUAAAGGUGAGGAGGAUGAAGAAGAGGAAGCAGCACGCAAGAAUAGGCUUGGACUCACUAAAAAAGGCUUGGAUGAUGAUGAGGAAGGUGGAAAAGAUCUAGACUUCGAUUUGGAUGAUGAAAUUGAGAAAGGUGAUGACUGGGAACAUGAAGAAACUUUUACUGAUGAUGAUGAGGCUGUAGAUAUCGAUCCAGAGGAACGGGCGGAUUUAGCUCCUGAAAUUCCUGCUCCACCUGAAAUUAAGCAGGAUGAUGAAGAGAAUGAAGAAGAAGGUGGUCUGAGCAAGUCUGGCAAAGAAUUAAAAAAGCUGCUUGGUCGUGCUGCUGGACUAAAUGAGUCAGAUGCUGAUGAGGAUGAAGAAGAAGAAGAACAGGAAGAUGAGUCAUCUCCAGUGCUGGCUCCAAAGCAGAAGGAUCAAGUUAAGGAUGAACCUGUAGAUAACAGUCCAGUUAAACCAACACCAUCAGGACAUGCCCGCAGCACACCUCCUGCAUCGAAAUCCAAGCAAAAGAGAAAAUCAGGUGCUGAUGAUGCAAAAACUUCUGGCAGUGCAGCUUCAAAGAAAGCAAAGGUGGAAUGGGAUACGAAAGCAUCAAAUAUCAAAGAGGAAGCACCUUCUUCGGCAAAACCUACAUUAAAAUCCUCUGCUUCAUCAAAAAGUGCGACAAAUGUAUUACCUGUUACAGAGGAUGAAAUCAGGAGUGUUCUUCUUGCUGUGGCUCCUGUCACCACACAAGAUCUAGUAUCCAGAUUCAAGUCUAGGCUUCGAGGUCCAGAGGACAAGAAUGCUUUCGCUGAAAUUCUGAAGAAAAUUUCGAAGAUACAAAAGACGAAUGGCCACAACUACGUUGUCCUUAGAGACGACAAGAAGUGAAGAACCCAACUUAGGUGUUGACUUUCGUUGUCGCGAUCUUUAGCUGUGCUUUGUACUUCGGAGAUAAAAGAUAUUAGUAACAAUUAACAUGCUGUACUUGGAGAUAAACAAAGUUGAAACAUGCUUUAGAAGAGUUGUCUUCUGACCCUUGUGUACGUAGAUUUUGUUUCUAUUAAAGUAAUUGUUAGUUUGUGUGGAUUUAUAAACCCUGAUCACAGAAAAUUUGGCCACA